AUGGUUGAUGCUGUCAGCGUUGUGUGUCCUGAAGUUAAGUCAAAAGUAGAAGCCAUUUCCCUGUCACGAAGAACUAUUGUUCGUCGCAUUGAUGCAAUUGCCGUGAAUAUUCAUGAACAGCUGUUAACAGCCAGUGGUCGAUUUCAGUGGUUUUCUAUUGCUUUAGAUGAGAGUACUGAUAUUCAGGAUACUGCUCAGUUACUCAUUUACAUCAGAGGAAUUGACGAAAACUUUGAAAUUACAGAGGAAUUGUUAUCUAUGGAGUCUCUCAAAGACACUACUACUGGAAAAGCUGUUUUUUUUAACUGGAAUGGUUUACCACUGGGACAUAAAAAUUUACUCAAAUAUCAGAAAUUUCACGAAGAAUUUGUGCGUGAACUGAACGAAGCAUAA